CGCCGCACCGGCCGCAUGGCGGGCUACCCGCCGCGCCUGCCCUGGCUGCUGCCGCUGCUGCGGCGGGCGGCGCCGCCCCCGCCCUGGGCUCGGGCCGCCGGCGGGACCGCCGGCCUCCGCGCCCCGCCGCGCCCGGCCAGCAGGUGCGGGACGUCCCCCCCCCCUCCCGCCGCCGCCGCUGCUGCUCUGCCGCCGCCGCCGCCGGGCGCGCCGUCAGGCCGCCGCCGCCUCCUCCUCCUCCCGCCCGCGGCGUCGGGCAGCGCCCCGCGCUCGCUGAGCGCCUCCGGGGGCGCGGAAGGGCCGCCGCCGCGGGGGGCUGCGGGCGGCCCGCCGCGCUUCGAGGCUGGGAGGCUGCUGGCCCUGGCCCACCCCGAGCGCUGGAGACUGACAGCUGCUGUUGGCUUUCUGACAGUUUCCAGUGUCAUUACUAUGUCAGCCCCUUUCUUUCUGGGGAAAGUUAUUGACAUUAUUUAUACAAAUCCCAGUGAAGACUUCACUGACAGCCUGACCAGCCUGUGUGCCUUGCUGAGUGGAAUCUUUCUAUGUGGUGCUGCUGCUAAUGCUACUCGUGUCUACCUCAUGCAGACUGCAGGACAAAGAAUUGUGAAGCGUUUGAGAACAACCAUGUUCUCCUCUAUUCUGAAGCAAGAAACCGCUUUCUUUGACAAGACCAGAACAGGAGAGCUGAUAAACCGCUUAUCUUCGGAUACAGCCCUCUUGGGCCGUUCAGUGACUGAAAACCUUUCAGAUGGGCUCCGGGCAGGAGCACAGGCAUCUGUGGGGGUUGGAAUGAUGUUUUUUGUGUCUCCUAGCCUUGCUGCAUUUGUUCUGAGCGUUGUGCCACCCUUGGCUGUCCUGGCUGUGAUUUAUGGAAGAUACUUGCGAAAACUAACUAAAAUGACCCAAGAUUCUCUCGCAGAAGCAACACAGUUAGCUGAAGAGCGUAUUGGAAACAUAAGAACAGUUCGAGCUUUUGGACAAGAAGUGGCUGAAGUGGGAAAGUAUACAAAUAAAGUUGAUUAUGUACUACAACUGGCUAAAAAAGAGGCACUAGCUCGGGCAGGCUUCUUUGGAGCAACUGGCCUUUCUGGAAACUUAAUUGUCCUCUCAGUCUUAUACAAAGGAGGAUUACUAAUGGGCAGUGCCUACAUGACAGUUGGUGAACUCUCAUCUUUCCUAAUGUAUGCUUUCUGGGUUGGAAUAAGCGUUGGAGGUCUAAGUUCCUUUUACUCUGAGCUAAUGAAAGGACUAGGUGCUGGUGGACGUCUUUGGGAACUUAUUGAAAGGAAGCCCCAACUUCCGUUUAAUGAGGGAAUCACACUAGGCAAAGACACGUUCAAAGGUGCUUUGGAAUUCAAGGACGUUGAGUUUGCAUAUCCAACACGUCCAGAAACAUCCAUUUUCAAAGAUUUUAGCCUUUCCAUUCCAGCUGGCUCUGUUAUGGCUCUGGUUGGCCCAAGUGGUACAGGGAAAUCAACUAUCAUAUCCCUUCUGCUGAGGCUGUAUGAUCCUAUCUCAGGUACUAUCACUGUUGAUGGCUUUGAUAUCCGUCAGUUAAAUCCACUGUGGUUCAGGACAAAGAUUGGAACAGUGAGUCAGGAACCAAUUCUGUUCUCCUGUUCUAUUGCUGAAAAUAUUGCCUAUGGUGCAGAGGAUCCUUCUACUGUGACUGCAGAGGAGAUUCAGAAAGUUGCUGAAAUAGCUAAUGCUGCUAGUUUUAUCAGAGAUUUUCCAAAAGGGUUUGACACUCUAGUUGGAGAAAAAGGCAUUUUGCUUUCAGGUGGACAGAAGCAACGAAUUGCAAUUGCUCGAGCUCUGCUCAAGAAUCCUAAAAUUCUUCUGUUAGAUGAAGCAACGAGUGCUUUGGAUGCUGAAAAUGAAUAUCUAGUGCAAGAAGCUCUGGACCGGCUGAUGGAAGGGAGGACAGUCCUAAUUAUUGCUCAUCGUCUGUCUACUAUUCAGAAUGCUGAUUUUGUUGCAGUCCUUGGCCAGGGUAAAAUUCUUGAAUGUGGAAAACAUGAGGAACUACUUGCAAAUCCAAAUGGACUUUUCAGGAAACUAAUGCAGAAACAAGCUUUUCUUCAGAAUAAUGAUACUUUUGCAUUAGAUUUACAAUCCAGAGAAAAGCAUGUAUUAAAAGAAAAUGUAUGAGAAUGUAUGAAUAACAGAAGCUUACAAACUACAAAGAAUAUAACUUAUGUUUCAGUUAUGUAAAGUAAAUGUUAUAUUUUUCCAAAAUGUACAAAAUAUUCUUUUGAAACUUAAAUGUGUUUAAACUUUUUAUUGAAAGCUUUUUAAUAAUUAUUGCAACUUUUUAAAAUGUCUAUCACAUUGAGAUAAUUUCAGUGUAUAGAUUUUUCUCCUUUGUGUUAUGUUAAUUGAGACAAUUUAGAAUCUUGUUUGCUGAAAUGCACUGUAUGAUGGUGUGCUGCAUUCUCAAGUAAGUUCAGUAUUUUAAGGGUAAUUAAAUGACAAUCUUACCAUUUUCAUAUCAUUGUCUCUUCCCUUUUCAAGGAACUUUUGCUUUCUGUGCUUGUCAGUAGUCUUAAAAUGCUGGAAUUCAAAAAUGCGUGACACUAACAUACUCUGAAAGUUCUGACUUCCACUGCACUAUCCUUUCAGUUACCAUUUGUUCUGAAAUCUGAAAGUUGAUUAUGAUCACCAUCUACAGUUACUGUAGAGAAUUACAUAUGAGAACACAUUUUAGCAAGUAUGGAAGCAUGAGCUGGAGGAAAGUUCUUUAAACAAACAACAAAAAACCCCAACCAAACAAAAAACCUAACUGACUUUACAUAAGGACAAAGGAAGUGUAUUAGUAUACUAAGUCAGCAUAGGAAAAUCUAAAAUUUGCAUGCAUUUUCUUCCCUUCCCUAUUUUCCCAGUCCUUUAGGUUCACUUCCUUUCUAAGAUGACAUUCAAAAGAAUGCGCUCUUACAUAUGUAAGUUUUUGUCCUUUUUUAAGGCUUAUGUAAGUUUUUUAUUGUUGCUUAAAAUUUCAUUCAUAGAAAUCCCGAGUUUGGCCUAACUGCCUUGUUAGGGACAACCAGGAAACUACCUUCUCAAGGACAACUAGUAAAAAUAAGAGCUUUACAUUAAUUUGAUUAACUGCAGGAGGGUACAUUUGGCAGUAAAGAGUAGGCUUCAUGUUUCUAAUUAAAGAAUCUUUUCCAACAGAAUCUCUCUAAAGUUCUGAAGGUGCAAAACCCCACAAGGUAAUUUAAAAAAGCUAGAAACUUUCCAGGUCACAUUAAAAAUCAUCUAUGCUAGGAAAACUUGUUGCUGGAAAACUUUAUUGGCAAUAGGUGAGAUACCUAGUGCUGGGCAAGCUUAAGAUGUUUAUCUAAUGUGCCAUUAAUAGCAUUUUGUGGAACAUAGUGAAAACGCUAAAGAGAUGCCUGUGCUAGGGAAUGAAAAGAAAAUUACAUCCAGAUGUAAUUUUAUCUUCUGAUAUAGUUUUACUAGAAGCAGAUAUUGUACUAAAGAUAUGCCAAAAAUACCACUGACUCAGUGUUUAAUUUCAGUGUUGACUACCAAUUAUUCUCUUUAUAAUGUAUUUAGAAGGGCUUGAACUUUAAUCUUUACUCAUGUAAUUGCUCCUUAUGUGAGAUGCAAUGAGCCCCUUUAUUUAUGUGUUUACACAGGUUACAGGAAUUACUUGCAGCCAAACUGAAUUAAUGUUUUAUGUCUUUUGUUCAUCAGUUGUUCUGGCAGGGUUGCAGUCUACAGAAAAGUGUGAAAAGCUACAGAAAAGCUCUAGUCCACUGAAAGGUGAAUGUCUGUCAUAACAGGUAUAUUGGAUAACAGACUUUAUUCAGGUUAGAACUACUCCAAAUACUCCUUAGAAGAAACCACAGACCUGAACGAGUUGAGAAAACAGAGUUUCUUAGUAAUCUGCAAGUAGAAAGCUUUGCUGGACAACUACAGAUUUGUGGUUUACACACCUGCGAUGUACGUGAUGCGUGCAUGUGGCAUGCUGUAUACUUCCACAGCAGUGCUAGUCAACACUGGGUAUGGUUGCAUUUUUUAACUGUAGGAGCCCUAGUAGAUUAAUGAGGAAAAAGCUGUGAGAAAGAGAAAAAUUAAACUAUUGCAUUCUUUUUGUUACAAGAGUUGAAGACCUUCCUGGCUAAGGUGGAAACUGUUGGUGUAUCAUUAACAAUCCUGAUAGGCAUCUUUUGCUAAGGACCACUAUUUCAUGCUGCAGCCUUGCGUACCAUGGUCCAUAGGACAAAAAUGGGCUAUGCAACGUAGAAAAGACUUAACGUGAGAAUAUCUGACUGUGCAUCAGAAAGAAGUAUAAACCAAACUUUCUUGGAGUCACUGACUCCUAUUUUCCAUCAUUGCUCUCUUCAGUUUUUAGUAAUACUGCAUAUCUGCUAUUUGUUUUGUUUAAGCUACUGUCAGUACAAAGAGGUUCAGUUCCAUGAGGGAUGGUAUUAACAGCUCAAAACACAGUUGUGCUACUCCUAGUGUAUUCCAGAGGCCAAAAGGUACUCGGAAAUUCUUUUGAUUGCAGGUAAAUACAAUUUGAAUCAAAUUAAACUUAUCCAACAUUUCCUGAAGGAAAGGACAGAGCUUAUUCAGAAUUGUUAGAGGUUUCAAAGUGUCCAUGUAGCCCUGGUGCAGCAUAUUAUAUAAGACCAUGUCUCUUUUAUGCCACACACACUAGUGUUCAACUUUGGCCUAAACAUAUCUUCUCUGUGUAGAAAAGUAGUAAAGAUGAUUUCCCAGACAUUCAAAAAUAAAUGUAAUUAACGUUACAUGCACACAUGUAUAUCAAAUAUGUAAUAUAAAAAUUUUUCAGUUUCUAUCACUAGUUGCCAUAUUUUAAUUGAUACCUAUGGGCAUCAUUUUGAAGUCUUUUAGUAAUACUGCCUUUCUUGCCUUGGAGGCCAGAACUAUUUCCUUCCUUAACUUCUGCUACUCAGUCAUGACUUCUGGGGUUUAAAUACUGUAUCUAAUGGCUUUCAAAACUACCUUGCUAAAUUGAAUGUAUUAGUUAGGGUUGAGUAUUUGGAGACCAAAUGACAGGUCAGCUCUCAAUGUAUGCUUAAUCCCUUUACUGUGUUCCUAAUUAGUUUUCUAAUUCUUGACAGCAUGAAUGUUUUCCUGAGAGAAAUAACAUACUGAAAAUAAAGUGUCUUAAAUAACUUUA